AUGGGUUUAAUGGGAUCAGUGGCUACAUCAACAUAUGUUAAAAGGAGUUCAUUUUUGGGAAUAAUCGCAAGAGUUUUCAAAGAAAAUGCACAAUGUAGACCAACCAUCGGUAAAGAAUUACCAUUUUGGAGUAUUCCUAAACGGUUAGCACUUAUGUUCAACAAUGCUGAUGCAUUCAUUGCCUUACCUGGAAGUUUUGGUACAUUAGAGGAAAUAUUUUGCAUAACCUCUUGGUCAUCUUUCUUCAAAUAUAAAAAGCUCAUUGGUUUGCUUAAUGUUACUGGUUAUUAUAACAAUUUGCUCUCGUUUUUAGAUCAUAUUGUGGAAAGUGGAUUUGUGUUUCUAGAGGUAAGGUAUUUCUUGAUUUUCACUGUAAUUGUUGAAGAACUAUCCGUUAAGCAUCAAGUUUUUGAGUACCAUCCAGAUCUAAUCACUCAACAGAUUGUUGAAUCAAGAAAAAGGAAAUCAUAUUCUGACAAGCAAGAAUUGGAUUUAACUUUGUCUUUGUGA